AUGUCGGUGCAAUCGAACCCGUACGCUCCCAGUCCCAACGACCUGGUGUCGAACGUCGGAAAUUUCCAACUCAUCGAGUCUACCUUGAGAGAGGGCGAACAAUUCGCCAAUGCGUUUUUCUCGACCGAAAAGAAGAUUGAAAUCGCCAAAGCGCUAGACGACUUUGGUGUUGAUUACAUCGAGCUCACGUCGCCCGUGGCGUCGGAACAAAGCAGAAAGGACUGCGAGGCCAUCUGCAAGCUCGGCCUCAAGGCCAAAAUUCUCACGCACAUUCGCUGUCACAUGGACGACGCUAGAGUUGCGGUCGAGACGGGCGUCGACGGUGUCGACGUCGUGAUCGGCACGUCGCAGUUUCUUAGACAAUACUCGCACGGCAAAGACAUGAACUACAUUUCCAAGAGCGCAGUCGAGGUGAUCGAAUUCGUCAAAUCCAAGGGCUUGGAAAUCAGAUUUUCGUCCGAAGAUUCCUUCAGGUCCGAUAUCGUCGACCUGCUGAACAUCUACAAGACCGUCGACGCCAUUGGCGUGAACAGAGUCGGUAUCGCAGACACAGUGGGUUGUGCAAACCCAAGACAGGUGUACGAAUUGGUACGGACCCUUAAAAGCGUCGUAUCAUGUGACAUAGAAUGCCACUUCCAUAAUGAUACCGGAUGUGCCAUAGGUAACUCUUACACAGCGCUGGAGGCCGGUGCCAGGCUUAUCGACGUCUCGGUCUUGGGUAUCGGUGAAAGAAAUGGUAUCACUUCGCUAGGCGGUCUUAUGGCCAGAAUGAUCGUAUCUGCGCCAGACUACGUCAAGUCCAAGUACAAGUUGCAUAAGCUUCGCGACCUUGAAAAUUUGGUAGCUGAAGCCGUCGAAGUCAAUUUGCCCUUCAACAAUCCAAUCACCGGCUUCUGUGCCUUCACCCAUAAGGCCGGUAUUCACGCCAAGGCUAUCUUAGCCAACCCUUCCACUUACGAGAUUUUGAAUCCUUCCGACUUCGGUAUGACGAGGUACAUUCAUUUCGCUAAUAGGCUCACAGGUUGGAACGCAAUCAAAUCGAGAGUGGAGCAGUUGAACUUGCACUUGACGGACGACCAGAUCAAGGACUUGACCCAGAAGAUCAAGCAGAUCGGUGACGUUAGGCAACUUGGAAUUGACGAUGUUGAUUCUAUUAUCAAGAGCUACCAUUCCGAACUUCAGUAA